AUGAUUCCUCUAAAACAGUAUUACACAGCAACACUUGUUUUGGUCGCAGCAUCAUUAGCGACCAUCCCUACUAAUCCAUGUCUUGUCGUGGCAACAAAGGCAUCACCUCGACGAGUUCUACCCGAAUUCACAAAAUGGCAUGUGAGCGUUGUGAAUGGAUUGCGCGCUGAGAUCAUGGCAAUCCAUUGUAGGUCUAAAGACAAUGAUCUUGGCGCACGAGAUCUGUCGCCGGGGACCAAUUUCACUUGGAGUUUUAGGGAGAAUUUCUUCCAGCGAACACUGUUCUGGUGCAACGUGGAGAAGGAUGAUGGCCACGCAAGGUUUGAUGUGUUUUGGCAAGAUGUGUUGUUGUUUUACAAGUGCUUGUGGAAAGAAUGCAUUUGGGUUGCUAAACAUGAUGGGAUUUACUUGAAGGAUCUUGACACCAAGAAUGAUGAGUUUAGAUACAAAUGGGAACCUGGAUUGCAACCAUGA